CGGCACCUGCCCGCCGAGCUGAGCGCGGCGGAGAAGGAGGAUCUGCUGAAGCACUUCGGGGCGGUGUCUGUGCGCGUCCUGUCGGACCACGGGCGGCUGAAACAUACUGCUUUUGCUACUUUCCCCAGUGAAAAUGCAGCUGUGAAGGCUUUGUCAAGACUGCAUCAGCUGAAACUUCUAGGUCACACCUUAGUUGUUGAAUUUGCAAAGGAGCAAGAUAGUGUGCAGGUACUUAACCAGCCUUCUGUCUCAGAGAAGUGUAAAAGUUCAGAAGAACAAGUGAAAGAAGAAGAGAAAAAAGAAACAAGCUGUGUUAAAAUAGAGAAUGGAAUUGCACCUGAACAUGGCCUCAGCUUUCCCAUCAAUUCUUGCCUCAAAUAUUUGUAUCCACCACCUUCAAGUACAAUUCUAGCAAAUAUAGCAAAUGCCUUAGCAAGCGUGCCCAAAUUUUAUGUCCAGGUACUUCAUCUUAUGAAUAAAAUGAAUCUUCCUCCACCUUUUGGACCAAUUACUGCUCGUCCUCCCAUGUAUGAAGAGUAUUUACCAGCACCUGUGCCACCUCCCCCAAUCCCACCUCUUCCUCCUGAAGAGCCUCCUUUGCCUGAAGAGGAAGAGCAGCCAUCUAGUGGAGAUGAAUCAGAAUAUGAAAGUGAUAAUGAGGAGGAAAAGGAGAGAAUGACCAAGUUGAUGGAAUUAGCAGCCCUUCAGCCUAAAAGACCAAUAAGCACAAAGAGACGUGGUGUUAGAAAAAAACAAAGAAUUAAAGACUUACUGAAUGUUCCCGUGUGUGCUCCUCACAGUAGUUUGCACCCUGCACUGUCACCUUCAGAUGUCUUUGAGCAGCCACAGCAUGUAGGUCAUAAAAAAAUUGAGUUCCAUAUUAAUACUGACAUCCCAGCUGUUCUUCAGAUAAACUCAGAAAAAAAUAAUGACCUUUAUUCAACCACAGAAGAAAUCAAUAAUACAGGCUUUGGAAGGAUUUUCCCAGCUCCUAGUUCGAAUGAUAAAAUGGAAACUGAAGAGGAGGAGGAUGAAAUACCAUCAGAAUUUAUUUCUAGAAGGGAUCUAGAAAAAAACAGACUGUCUAGCGAAGAAAUGGAAAAAUUUUCAGUUUUCAAAAACUAUGAGCCGGGUGAUCCAAAUUGCAGGAUAUAUGUGAAGAAUUUAGCUAAACAAGUUCAAGAAAAGGAUCUCAAGUUUAUAUUUGGAAGAUACGUUGACUUCCAGUCAGAAGUGGAACGAAAUAUGUUUGAUAUACGUUUGAUGAAAGAAGGCCGUAUGAAGGGACAGGCUUUCAUUGGACUGCCUAAUGAAAAAGCAGCUACUAAAGCUUUAAACGAAGCAAAUGGAUAUGUCUUAUUUGAAAAACCCAUGGUGGUUCAAUUUGCUCGUUCAGCUAGACCAAAACAGGAUGCCAGUGAAGGGAAAAGAAAAAAGUAG